CCACGGAAUUACAGGUUCACUGCAAUUAGAUCCAAUUAAAUUUCACAAUUACCGAAACCCUAAUUACACAUCCUUUUCGCUGCAAUGGCCACUGAAGAAGAAACAACUGUCGUGGUUGGGGUCGCCACCGAACCGGCGGAAGAUAAACCGGCUGAGACCAAGGCCGGUUCGAAGCCGGGCAAGGCGAAGAAAGCCAAAGAACCUAAAGCUAAGAAAGCACCAGCUUCUAAGAAGCCACGAGCUCCUCGUGCUCAUGCUACUUACGAAGAGAUGAUCAAAGAAGCGAUCGUUAGUUUGAAAGAGAGGACGGGUUCAAGUCAGUACGCUAUUACUAAAUUCAUUGAAGAGAAGCAGAAGAAUCUUCCUGGAAAUUUUAAGAAGCUUUUGCUCUUCCAUUUGAAGAAGCUUGUAGCUGCUGGGAAAUUAGUUAAGGUUAAGGGUUCAUUUAAGCUUCCUUCGGCAAAGAUAACUGCUUCUGCGCCGGCGAAGAGGAAGCUGCUCGCGACUAAGGCGAAAGAUAAACCUGCUGCCAAGUCCGGGAAGAGUGCUAAACCUGCUUCUAAAGCUCCGGCGAAGACAAAAUCUGUUUCUAAACCGAAGCUAAAAGUGGUUGCUAAACCAAAGCCUUCCACCAAGGCUAAGUCUACUACCUCAAAGACAAAGGCUGGGGCUGCCGCGAAGCCAAAGACAACCGCAUCUACCAAGCCAAAAGCUACGACCAAGGCUAAGGCCAAGCCUGCGGAGAAGCCGGUCAAAUCUGCUAGGACUUCAACAAGGACGUCUCCAGGGAAGAGGGCGGCUGCUCCGAAGAAGGCUGCCACACCUAAAAAAGCUCCGGCGAAGAGUGUAAAGCCAAAGAGCGUCAAGUCACCGGCGAAGAAAGCCACGGCGAGGAGAGGAAAGAAAUGAGGGGAAGUGUUGGUUAAUUUGGCGCUUGUGUUGUAAAUUGGAGUGCAAUUAAGUGGGUUUGUUUGGGUUCAUACUC